AUGUCUCCGCUUCCUCGCAGCACUGUUUUCUAUGGCCUGGUGAUAAAUCCGCAGACCCUUUCGAGCUACCAAGCGUUGCCGAACUGCUUGCUUUGUGUGUCUCCGUUUGGGGAUAUCGAUUGGAUCGAAGAAGACAUAGCAGCAUCUAUGGUCCAGGAUGCCAUGGCGCAGAAGGGAAGUUUGGAUGCAGAUCUGGUUGAACUGAAGCGUGGCGAGUUUAUCAUGCCCGGCUUCGUUGAUACCCACACGCAUGGACCACAAUUUCCUAACAUCGGCAGUGGACAGCAGCAUGAGCUGCUUGACUGGCUGAGAGAGACUACUUUUCCUAUGGAAGCCAAGUAUGCCGACGUCCAAUUCGCCAGACGCGCUUACGAUGCAACCGUGAAACGUAUCAUAAACUCGGGUACUACAACGUGCUGCUAUUAUGGAUCACUCCACUUGGAGGCGACGAAAGCGCUCGCAGAGAUUGUCCACGCAUAUGGCCAAAGAGCUUUCGUAGGGAAAUGUAACAUGAACCGAGAUAGCCCUGUCGACUAUAUCGAGCCCUCUGUCGAAGCGUCGAUAGCUGCAACAACCGCGCUCAUCGCGCACAUUCGCUCUCUCCCCGAUCUCAACUCGCCCGCUCUGGUGCAGCCUGUACUCACGCCCCGCUUCGCAAUCUCGUGCACCCCGCCGCUGCUAUCCUCGUUGGGAUCCCUUGCACGCGAGGAUCCCACACUUCUCGUGCAGACGCACAUCGGCGAAAACCGAAGCGAGAUCGCGUAUACCAAGACUCUAUUCCCUGAGUGCAGAUCGUACGCGGACGUGUAUGAUCACUACGGACUUCUCGGCCGGCGCACAGUUCUCGCGCAUGCGGUAUAUCUGGAGGAAGAGGAGGUGCAGCUGAUCAAAUCGAGGGAGGCAGGGAUUUCGCAUUGUCCGACGAGCAACUUUAAUCUUAGGAGUGGGGUCUGUAGAGUGGGCGAGUUGCUCGAUAGAGGCAUCAAGAUCGGUCUGGGAACAGACGUCUCGGGCGGAUAUUCACAGUCUAUCCUCACAGAGAUCAAGCACGCCAGCACUGCAUCCAAAAUCAUACAAUUGCAGUCCCCAACGACUGGUGAUAUUCCAUCGUCCGCGACGUUUGCGAAUCGCCAACUUCCUCUCGCGACUCUAUUGCACCUCGCGACCCUCGGCGGUGCCCAGGUAUGCGAUCUGCAAUCUCGCACCGGCUCCUUUGCCCCGGGAAAGGCAUUCGACGCACUCCUUGUCAGCGUCAACAGCACCGUCGGAAAUCCUGGUCUGUGGGGCGUCGACCAAGAUGCUGCUUUGGGAAUCCAGACCGCCGCGCCUAAUGAGAUGCUCGAGAGGUUUUUCUUCACGGGGGACGAUAGGAAUAUCAGGAGGGUGUAUGUUCAAGGAAAGUGGAUCGGUGGUGCUGAGCAGAGAAGGUGAUUUUUUGUUGGACGAAGCGCAGCGUGCUGGCCAGCGCUCAUGUCAGAGUUUGAAAGGGACCACAGGUGGUCCGUGGCUGAUAAUAAUGUGAGAGAGAUAUGAUACAAUUUAACCUACAGGUGAUUUCAAUUGUCCUCGAAGUCUCCAAAUUCCCAUUUCCAACAAUCCUGUUUGUGGACGCGGUCAGUGUUGAGCAAAGGAAAAAGCAGAUUUUCACUAACAAC